CACAAAGCAAACCCGUAUACUCGGCGUUGAUAACUACAGCUCGCUUAGUCUAAGGAGGCGCUAUCUACCCAAUCAUGUUUCUUCAUCACAUCAGUUGUUUCUUUCUAGUCUAACAGGUGCCACACGCACUGGGCGCUAAGCCGACUGCCGCGACAGUCCCUUGACAGUCUUUACUGCAAGUAGACGAAAAGAGUAUUGCAGAAUCACUGUAAUGGCAUGGAUUUCUGCGUGGCCAACGCGGGGCAGCUAACGUUAGACCCCGUAGACCGUUCAUCAUUUUUGGUGCCGCGCAUACUCGGACAAACAAACUACAAGCCACGUCUUAUAGAUUAACAUCUUAUAUGUAGGGGCAUGCAAGGCACACAAUCCUUCUCCAUCACUGGACAUUGGAUCUCGAUCUCGUUCUCCGUUCAAUCUUUUGAUCAUGUCCGACCUACGUGCCACCACUAUCAGUGUCAACUUGACGCUGAUCUGCUUGACUUCCCUUGCUAUCAGCUGUCGUAUCGGAAGGAAACUGCGGAUACUGAGCAGUUUUGGCUGGCAUGAUGCACUUGCUACCUUUGCGGCCUCUUGUGCCAUCGUCCUGUCCAUCGUCCAAAUGUACGCGACGCGCCUCGGAGCUGGUCUGCAUGAGAAAGAGAUCGACCCAAACAACAUGGAGAUGCUGAUGAAGUUGGUCAUGACAGCCCUUAUCUUUUACUUCCUUGUAAACUGGGCCGUCAAGCACUCGCUACUGUUCUUCUACGCAGAGCUCACCUUUGAACCAUGGGCCCGUCGAUGGAUCUACGCCAUGCAUGUCAUCGCCUUCUCUUUCGGUCUCACCUGCGUCGUUACUAGCAUCUUCAUGUGCAUCCCUGUAGCAAAGUGGUGGGACCCGACCAUCGAGGGCUACUGCAUCAACCUCUUCAACUUCUCCUACUUCAACAGCGUUUUCAUGUUAGCUUGCGACCUGGUCCUGUACAUCAUGCCCGUCAUCUUCACCUGGAAUAUCAAGCUGAGACGACACCACCGCAUCGCCGUUAACAUCCUCUUCGCCAUGGGCGGUCUCGUGCUAGGCGCAUCUGCCGCACGCAUUUUCUUUGUCGACCAGCUCGCCACACACGGUGACUUCCCAUUCCGCUACGCCGCAUCCAUGAUCUGCGCCGUCAUCGAAAACCACCUCGCCGUCAUCGUCGCAUGCGCGCCCUCCAUCAAAGCCGUCCUCAUCCGCUACUACCCCUCCCUGCAAUCCAAAUUCGAACGCAUCAUCUCCGACGAAGGAAGCUCUGGGAAGCGCAGUGGCAAAGCGUAUAGGACGGGGAGCUCCUCCGACCGCGCUACGCUUGAUCCUGAGGCUGGAACUGCCAACAGCGGCGACGAUGUCAAGUUGCAGAUUGUCAAGACGCAGGAUGUCAAGGUUGAGAGGCCUGAGGUGGGAAGUCGGAUGAUUACGGGAAGCAGUGGGAAGAGUGAGAAUAGUCUCCUGGGACGGUGGUGGCGGGCGCCUAAUAACUGGAAUGUUAGCGUUGAGAGUGGUGGGAAGUAAGAUGUUGGGUUAGAGCUGUGGUCGUUGUCUGUCGUUUUAUUUUCAACUUCAGCUGUCUUGGCUUAAUAGCUUUUUUUGUAUUC